GGCGUGUCCUCCUUGACGAAGUUGAUGAACGAACAGAAACAGAAGCCGUCGUCGCCGCUCUCGUUGCAGAUUAACACGUCGGACUCGUCGUCACACAUGAACUCGUACAACGGGACGAUUACGACGGCGGUGUCGGUGGGAACGUCGCCGGACGAGGGAGAGAUCGACGAGCACACCCACCCGGGGCUGCUCUCCCAUAGCUCCAAGACAUCCGUGUCAUCGUUCAAGAACUCGCCGUCGACGUCGUCGCUUUUCAAGCAAACUAACUCGUUCACGCAGCUCUCCUCGAGCAUCCCCUACUCAGUACCGGGCAACCACAAGCCAUCCACCUCGGGCACCCCGAGCUCGUCCUCGUUCACAAACAUGCCUGUCAACGGGCAGUUCAUCACCGGAACGCAGUUGUCCUCGCCUACCGUCGCUUCCAACCAGAUCGAGUCCAGGUUCGUCGUCUCCAAGCAGAAGAUCGAGGCCCGUGGCCUGUCCUCCUCGGUGAACACCAACAGCAAAUCGUCCUCCUCGUUGGCCAACUUCUUCUCCAAGUCCAGAAGAUCAACAGCAACCAAUUUCGACAGCCUCCCGCCGUCACCGGUCACCUACAGUAGCAACAACAACAUGAGCAAUUACUCCGCAAACAACGCACCACAACACGACCUGCAUUCACCCUCCUCCCAGUCAAGCAACGAGAGUAACUCAUCUGUGUCAACCAGACAUUCCUCAAUGGCCGAUUUGAGAAGGUUUUUCAAAAGAUCCGCCUCCAUCUCAAAUGCUCCACCCUCAUCCCCAAGAGUUUCGAACUUGAGUGCCGGAUUAAGCUCCCAACGCCAGAGCUCUGUUUCAAACACAACCAACGGUAACAGCUACACUCCAAUCCAGGUUCCACCCGUCAGCGCUGGAUCGAUCUCUCAGCUGUCGACUCUAUCCAAUACCCCCAAUUCGACUCAUUUCAGAAACCCGAAUUUCAUCGGUAACAACCCACCUUCAUCCUCACCGGCAUCCUCUAGCAGCAACUACACCCAACACCUGUCUGUUGGUGGGAACUCUACUUCGAUCCCCUUCAGCAAAAGAUACGUUAAGUUCGGAGAAAGCUUGGGCGCCGGUGCCGGUGGCCAAGUUAAACUUGUUAAAAGACUAUCAGAUCAGAAAGUUUUUGCAGUCAAAGAGUUUAGAGCAAAAUUUGUUACCGAAAACAAGAGAGACUAUACAAAGAAAAUCACCAGUGAAUAUUGUAUUGGCUCAACGUUGAAACAUCCGAACGUCAUAGAAACUAUUGAAAUCAGUUUUGAGAACGAUAGAUUAGUACAAGUGAUGGAAUAUUGUGAUUAUGACUUAUUCGCAAUUGUUAUGUCCAACAAGAUGUCUGAAGAGGAGGUGAAUUGCUGUUUCAAACAGAUCUUGAAUGGUCUGAGAUACAUUCACUCCAUUGGUCUAGCCCACAGAGACUUGAAGUUGGAUAAUUGUGUCAUCAAUAAGCAUGGUAUCGUCAAGAUUAUUGACUUCGGAUCUGCAGUGGUUUACCAGUAUCCAUUCUCAAAUAUGUUGAUUGAGGCGACCGGAAUUGUGGGAUCUGAUCCAUAUUUGGCGCCGGAGGUAUGUGUCUUCAACACCUACGACCCAAGACCAGUCGACGUUUGGUCUACUGCAAUAAUCUACUGCUGUAUGAUAUUAAAGAAGUUCCCAUGGAAAAUCCCUAAAUUGAGUGACGCCAGUUUCAAGGCAUUUGCAUGCAGAGAACCUGGUGUGACGUUUGGAGAGUUGUUGAAAAGAAUACCCGAACCUCCUUCAUAUGAUGCCGAGUUGAAUGAUUCAAGUACCACUAUUCCUGUGUUGAAAACAGAAGUCAUUGAGGCACAUGAGGUGGAAACACCGCAGAUCGCCACUGUCGGCAACACCACGGAUGGCGGUAAUGUGACAACGGAAGACGGUGCCAAACAUACAUCCAACCUUAUUGGGGAAGAACGUCUUUUGAACGCCCUCAGUUCAGAAGUGCGUCCUUUAAUCAGCAAGAUGGUCCGUCUGGCACCAGCGUGCCGUAUCACCGUUGAUGAAUGCUUUGAAGAUCCGUGGUUGGAAAGCGUGCAGAUGUGUGCGAUGGUGGAUGAAAACGGCGAAUCGAGUUGCGAUGGCAAAUUGAUUCCUGCCAAUGACCACGAACACACCCAAGUGGACCAGAGUGUUGCGCACAUCGCCUCUCUCGAAAGGGCAAAGAGA